CAUUUGAGCACGUUUUGUAGCAUGUUUGAGUGAAAUUUUGAAUUUCAUUUCGCGAAAGUACAUUCUAACUUUGGCGCCAACGACCUUUUGUCGGGUUGCCGGUUUGCGAGCUUGGCGACGUUCCCAAGUUCAUCGACGGCUAACAAUAACAUCUAGACGACAGGGACUUUCGAUGAUCAAAAUGCUGAGGAGGGGAUACAGUGCUUUCGUGUGUAUGUGUGUGUUGCUGUGCGAUCCUUGAUCCUCACAGCGGCAGAUGAUCGUUCAGUAGCGCGAUCAGUCACUUUCGCGCUCAGUGCAUCGCCGCUAAGCCCCUGGCACGUGUUUUGCAGUGCAGCAGCAGUUAUCAUGAAACCCGACACCCAAAAGCUGGAUACAUCCCCGUGGGAUCAGUUGGACCAGAUGGUGAAGGAAACGCGCCACUUUCUCGACGAGUACGACGAAAUUGUGCUGCACAAAGAGCUCUACCGUACGCUGUUCAUGUAUCACCUGACGUAUCUUCGAGAUGAGGUGAUACUGUUGUUGAAAAAGUUUACCACCCUGCCGAAAGAUAUUGCCGAGGAGAAGGAGAUUGAGUGCUGUGGUGUGAUGUACAACGAUAAGGAUGCGUUCAAGCAACACUACGAGGAUGCUCACAACAAAAAGGUGCUCCAGUCUGCAUCGUUAUGUGAGCUGAAAAUGUCUUUAACAAAAAUUUCAUUCUUCGAGCGGCAUCUCAAAGACUAUCUGCUGGGCGGCCAGCAAUCCAGCUGUGAGUUGUUGCUGAACUUGCGACGGAUAUUGAGACGGUUGGACCACACGUUAGAGUUUUAAAUUGGCGCUUUAUUUUACCUUAAUUUCGUUACCUUAUGCUUCACAGUUUAUUAUACUCUCAAUAAAUGUUUAAUAACAUA